AUGGAUCAGCCAACGAACACGCAGACACCGCAUCAACACGAGCCCAUCAGCUUCGGGAUUGAUCAGAUUUUAAAUAGUUCUGAUCAGGAGACCCCUUCCCAGCCCGCCCCCCGAGGAUCAGACGGCGGCACCAAUUACCUGGGCAGCCCCGUGAGCAGCAGAAGCGGCGGCCCGUACCCUUCCCUCCCCGGCGCCUUUGCUGGCAUCGGGGCUCCCUUCGAAGACUCUGGAUCUUACAGUGUGAAUCUCAGCUUGGCUCCAUCUGGCGUGAUCCGGGUGCCAGCGCACAGACCCAUCCCUGGGGCAGUGCCACCUCCAAUUUCCAGUGCCAUUCCAGCCAUGCCAGCUGUACCCAGCCUUGGCAGCCUCAACUUCCCUUGGAUGGAGAGCAGCAGGCGGUUCGUCAAAGACAGAUUCACAGCAGCGGCGGCGCUCACGCCUUUCACGGUGACGCGGAGGAUCGGGCACCCCUACCAGAACCGCACUCCGCCCAAGCGCAAGAAGCCGCGCACCUCCUUCUCUCGGGUGCAGAUCUGCGAGCUGGAAAAACGGUUCCACCGGCAAAAGUACCUGGCCUCGGCCGAGAGGGCGGCGCUCGCCAAGUCGCUCAAGAUGACCGACGCCCAAGUCAAGACCUGGUUUCAGAACCGCAGGACCAAGUGGCGGGGCCCGGAGGCCUGGCUGCCCGUGGAGAAGCUGGGAGGCUGGGGGUCAACAGGCCUGUGGAAAGCGGGGAAAGAAUGUGGGUGGCUCCCUGCCCCCGAGUAUCUUUCUUACUUGAUCCGGCUCCCUCGGUUCUUCUCCGCGCCCUCCAGAGAGAAAGGAUCGGGGGUGCAGAACCUGCGCGAACGUGAAACCCGUGUCGAGAGGAGAGACCUUCCUUGUCGUCGUUUUUUCUAA